GAAAAUUAGACCAGUCGUUGUUCAGACACCGGGACCUGAUACACGCUCGGUCUAUAGACUUGCAGUUUUACUUCGAGCUCUUUCCAGAACUACUCUGUGUUUCUACAAAUCAAUUCCUAUAAUCUUCGCAUCAUGAGGAUCUUAGUUUUCGUCCUCCUAUCAGGGUUUUCCUCCGCAGAGGUUCUCCAAACCAUAGCUCAAUGGCCUCUGAUGGACUUCGCCCUACCCUACGAUCGAGGAUUUCUAAAUCAAUAUCGUCCCGAAAACGUAGUACCUACUGGGAUUGAAAUCGGUUGGGAUAAGAUCUUCGUCACCAUUCCAAGGUUAAGAGCUGGGGUACCAUCGACCUUGAACUAUAUCCCGAGGAAUCUUCCGCUAGAAAGUAGCCCGCAACUUCAAGCGUAUCCAUCAUGGGACUGGCACAGCGCUGGAAAGGGAGACUUGAAUUGUUCGAAGCUGAUCUCUGUCUACAGAUCGAGGCUAGACAGGUGUAAUAGAUUGUGGGUGCUGGAUAGUGGUGUAAUGACGUCGAUCGAUGACUUCAUGCCGGUUUGUAUGCCGAAAAUUAUGGUGUUCGACUUGCAAACUGACCAAUUGGUGCGACAGUACACCUUUCCACGAGAGGUACUAAGGCCCAACACGUUACUGACGAAUCUGAUCAUCGACGAUGUAUCAGCAACCACCUGUGACGAUGUGUUUAUUUAUAUGAGCGACACCGUAGGACCUGGUAUAUUGGUAUUUGAUGGAGCUACUGAUAGGAGUUGGCGAGUGAUGCACGCCUCCAUGUAUCCACAUCCAGAUUAUUCCAUGUACAGGAUUGGCAGUGACACGUUUGAACUGAUGGAUGGGGUGGUCGGCUUAGCUUUUUCCGCAAAACAGGGGUUGGUUUAUUACCAACCCCUGGCGACGGAUCGUCUGUUCAGCGUACCAAGCACUGCCCUUCAAGCUGGUCCUCCAGCAUUUGGAGAACAAUUACCAGUGACCUUGGUAGGGAGAAAAUCGAGUCAAGGUCUCGCGUUGGUCGUCGACCCUCGAGAUGAUACAAUUCUCUUUUCACCAUUAACCGAAGUGGCAAUUGCUGCCUGGCAACCGCAAACCAAUCGACAAAGAAUCUUGGCAUACAGUCCAGAGAAGCUGCAAUUCGUGGCGGAAAUUCGAUGGGCUGAUCACGAUAAAGGUAAUUUUUGGAUAAUGAGCACCAGGUUCCAGAAGUUCUUCCGAAAAGAGGUCAACGUCCGCGAUAUCAACAUACGAAUCAUGAGGCUAACGCCUGUGCAACUUCCAUUGAAACACGCGAUUCUUAAUUCGUACACUCAAUCGUCGUUUCCCUUAAAUUUUUAUAACAACACAUUAGGGUUCUCGUCGAAUCACAUGGAAAUAAUAACUCUAUUGCGAUUUCAUUCGAAAAUGAGGCUUUGCUGGACGAUUUUAUUCUUGAUAAUCUUUGAUGCAAGAGCGCAUGAAAAGCUGAAGAUUAUAUACUCUUGGAAGGCUUUGGAAUUUUUAUUUCCAAACCAGUUUGCCAAAGAAGUGGCAAUUAAGAAUGGAGAGUUCAUACCCGGCGCACCAGUGCCCAUCGACGUUGACGUCUACAAUGGAGGGCACCAGUCGACGGUGUUCGUCGCAAUUCCAAGAUUUCAAAAAGGGGUGCCAGUGACUUUGGGCUACGUUACUGACAAGGUAUCUACAGAUGGCAACCCUUUAAUCGCACCCUUUCCAAAUUGGGAGUACAACGCCAUAGGGAACUGUGAUAUGAUCACCAGUGUCUACAGAAUGCAGAUAGACCAAUGCGAUCGUUUAUGGGUCCUCGACACCGGAGUAGUGGAGGAGACAAAAGUCUGCCCACCAAAAUUACACGUGUUUUCCUUACGCAAAGGCACGCUGAUCACUCGCUAUACCUUUCCUCGUGAUCAUUACAAAGAAGAUUCUUUGCACGUAACCGUGGCUGUCGACGUUCGCAAUCCGGAACACGACUGCAAAGACACGUUUGCUUACAUCGCCGAUGUGACCGGAUUCGCAUUGAUCGUCUACGAUCAUCGUAAUUCGCGAUCUUGGAAGAUCAACAACAAUUUGUUUUAUCCAUACCCACCUCACGGUACUUUCAAUAUCAAGGAUGUGACGUUCGAUCUUAUGGAUGGGAUCCUGGGUCUGGCGGUGGGUCCCCUUCGAAACGACGACAGGAUACUUUAUUUUCAUUCUCUGGCCAGCAGGGUCGAGUCACGGGUGUCUACUUCUGUAAUUAGGAAUUAUACACUGUUUCGUGACAAUCCCGAGGCUGCAGCGAGGUCGUUCAUCGCGUAUGAAGGAGAACGAGCAUCGCAAUCGGUGGCUCAGGCUAUGGAUCGUGGUGGAGUACUUUUCUUUGGUCUUCUAUCUGAUCUAGCGAUCGGUUGUUGGAACAGCAAGCAUUUUCCUAAUUAUGGAGGUCCUAAUAACGAGAUACUUGUUACCGAUUCGGAAACAUUGCAAUUUCCAUCAGGUUUGAAGAUCAUCAUCUCGAAGAAAGGAAAACAAGAAUUAUGGGUCCUCUCAGCGUCCUUUCAAAAAUACAUGAGUGGUUCGUUACAUAGUAAUGAAACGAACUUUAUAAUUCAAGCUGGUUUCGUGGACGAACUGGUUCGUGGUACCAAAUGUGACGUGUCUGCUUUGGAUAGUAGAGGUUUUCAAUUUCCGAAAUCCAGAAACAUGAAGGCGUCCUGGUUGCUGCUAUUAUGUUUCGCUGCAGUUUCUUUCCAAAAUGCAGUUGCAGUUUCAAAGAAAGAAGCUAUGAAAGUGAUAAAGGAAUGGAAGUACAUGGAUUACAAAUACGACAGUGAAGAACAGAAACAGUCUGCCAUAAACUCCGGCGAAUACAAUUACAAAAAUUGCUUUCCCAUAGAUGUUGAUCGAUGGAAUGGUAAAACUUUCGUCACCGUCAUCAGAGACGAAGGUGUGCCCUCAUCUUUGAACACCGUAUCGAAGGAAGUGGGUAAGGGUGGUCCACUACUCACCCCAUACCCUGAUUGGAGUUGGGCUAGUACUAGCAGUUGCAACAAUAUUAUAAGCGUUUACAGAGUUGCGAUCGACAGGUGCGAUAGACUAUGGGUCCUGGACACAGGAGUAAAGGGCUCGGACAGAAUAUGUCCUGCGAAAUUGCUCGUCUUCUAUUUGCCAACUUCAAAAUUGAUAAAAAGGGUCACAAUACCUGAUAACAUCGCGAUGAACACAACGACGGGACAAGGUCUCUUAGUAACACCAGUCGUUCAAACUUUCGGACGUGGCUGCCAGAAAACAUUUGUCUAUAUAUCAGACGUCGAAGGCCACGGUUUAAUAUUCUACGAUGGUUCAUCUUUCCGUCGAAUAACAUCGACUGCUUUGGAUUACGAUCCGAAAGCCACGGUUUACACGAUUCAAAAAGAAAGUUUCACAUUGCAAGAUGGUCCUGUAGGAAUGGCCUUAUCCCCUAUUUCCGGGAAUAUUUACUACAGUCCAAUGUCCAGCUUUAAUUUGGACAGCGUUAACACUCGGUCCAUCGUUGAAUCAGGGGGGAUUGACGUGUGGUUCAAAGAGUACAAAAAUAUUUUGUGGACUCAAUCGAGUGCUAAAGCAAUGUCAGACACUGGAAUUCUGUUCUUUGGACUUGUCAAUAAUACUUCCAUCGGUUGCUGGAACGAAUACAGGCAACUUAGAAGACCAAACAUUGAUGUGGUUGCCCUUAAUGAAGAGAAUCUCCAAUUCACCAGCGGUUUGAAAGUUAAGAGCUGUGCCGGAAGAGAAGAAUUAUAUGCGAUGACUAAUAGAUACCAAAAAAUCGCGACUGGAAGUAUAAAUUUCAACCAGAUUAAUUUCCGAAUAUUGAAAGGAGACGUGUUUACUUUAAUCCAGAACACUCGUUGCCAACCAGAACGUUAUCGAUACUAUUAGUUUGUAUUUCUGAUGCAGAGUGUAAAAAAUAUUUAGUGAAAAAUAUAUUUUAAAAAAACA